ACAGUAUAUAUUUGAUCUAGUAUACCUUUAAUAUCCAUCCGCGUUGUAUUAAAUGAGCGCAAUAGACAGGGAGAAAUGUAACAAAUGAAGAAAAACAGCGUUUUCGAGUACUAAACCUUAUUUAGAUCACCUUUAAGGAACACAAUUGUGAUAAGAAAAAUAUGGAACCUAUUAUUGUUAAAGUUAAAGUAACUAUAGAAGAUAAGAAGAAGAACAACUAUGUUCCAGAUUUAGACAGCACAGGUGUUCCACUUCCGUACCGGUACGAUGAUGAACCACAGCGUGACAUAUGUAUAAACGCAGAUGGAAAUGAACAACUGUGUAGUCAGGAAAAACAGAACCAUAUCAUUUGCAAUACAGUCAAACUUAUAGAAAAUGAAGAGAAACAGACUGAACUACCUUCAUAUCCUGGACUUGUGUUGGCUGUAGUUGGAGAUUCAGACAGUUUUGUUCCUCGACCCUGGAACACAGCAAAAUUUACGUCGGGACUUAUAGAUACAGUGAAUGGUGCAAAUAAAUGCUGGAUUAUCUAUCGGGGUGGAGAAGAUGGAGUCAGUUCUUACAUUGACAAAGCAUUCAGAAUGAGUGAGCACAGUAUGGAUGAAGACUCGGGUUCUGAAAAGAAAGAAAAUCCACUUAAGAACGAAAAAUUUAUUGCCAUCAAACCUGUAACAGCUGACUACAAACACGAUCAAGCAGUUUAUAAAGGAGACAAAGAAAAAGGAAAGCCACUUCCACGGUGGACGUUUCUCGUCAAGCCUACAUUUGACGCUUGUGAAGAUGAAGAUAUACAGAAAUAUAAAUGGUUUAACGAAUAUUCAGCCAGACUUCUUUUCUUAUUGUCAAAGAAGACAACUCCCCUCUUAUCAAAAAAAGAAGGAGAUAAGGAACAGACAGAACUGUCAAUGAAAGUUCCUGUUCUGUUGAUAGUAGUAGAAGGCGAUAUAAGUACCAUACAUCAGGUGAUGACCGUGUUAGAAAAAAACAUUCCUGUAUUACUUAUUAGGGGUUCUGGUAAAGCUGCUGAUUUCAUAGCAGAAUAUCUCGCGAGCAGCGAUACAGAAUUAUUGCUGAAGAGAAAAGCUCCUCUAUUGUUUGGAAUAUAUUUUAAAAAAGCAGUAUUAAAAUUUCUUCAAGACAUUAUGAAACAAAUAACGAAGUAUAAUUACUUGAUUACUGUUUACGAUAUUGACGACAGCAUGGAACCUAAACUAGAAGAUGCUGUAGUUGAAGCAAUUAUCACAGGAUGGUCCCUUCAAGAAAUUAACGAUAAUGAAGGACAGUCAGACAAAAACACCCAAGCACAGACUAUCACUUCAAAUGUUUUACUAAAGGGAAACAAAUCAUCAGAAGAUCACAAUAUUGGAAAUGGGAAGCCAGGCGAAACCAUACAGACACAUACUUCCUCGUCAAAUGAUGUAAAGAUCGACAGUAAAUCAUACGGUUUGAUGGAACAAUACCAGAUAGCCUUAACACCAGGCUCUUUGUCCCUUUACUUUUACAUUGCCUACCAGUAUAUACAGGAAAAUUACAAGAAUCAAAAACAGGAACAACUGGAGUUACUCCUCUUGGAAGCAAUCGUAGCCGAUCGUGUUGAUUAUGUCUCAGCAAUGAUACAGAAUGGUGUUAAGUUUAAUCCUGCUUUCCUGGAAAUUCUGUAUGAUGAGACUAUGAUAUGUCCAAGUUGUGAGGCUAAAGAUUGUCGAAAAAUUCAUUCAAUUCAUUACCGUACAUGCAAAAAGACAUGCAAAAAGAUUUGGUGUACAUGCACAGAAGAAUGCUCUUUAGUGAGACAUGAAUGUCAACGUAAUGAAAACGAAAAACCAUCCCAUGAAUAUAACGUGCAUGUCGAGGGCUCCAAAUGUAGCUGUGUGAGACACGACCGGAAAAAAAGACUGAAAUCGAAUGGAAAAGAUGGCAAAUGCCUUGAUGUCAGUAAAAGAGCAAGAUAUCUUUGUCAGGAACUCUUGAAUCACGCGAAAGUAAAGAAAGAAAAGCGUUCGUGCAAAGUAAAACCGAGUGAUUCAGAAAGCUCAGAUAUUUAUCAUGAUUUACUGGCUUGGGCCAUAUUUGGAAACAAAACAAGGCUGGCUGGAGUAUUUUGGACAAAAUGUUCAAGUCCACUAUUAACAGCGAUUAUGGCGAGUAGUAUUCUUAAAAACAUGGCGGACAAAGUAGAAUCAGCAAAAGACAGAAAACUACACGAAGAGCUAAUACAGCACUCAAAAUUAUUUGAGGACAGAGUACUUCGUAUGCAGAAUACAUUGUAUGACGAAUGUGAAGAUGAUGCGAUGGUGCUAAUGCAGCAACCAGACAGAGUAUGGGGGAUAAAUGUAUCACCAAUGGCAUGUGCAUACGAAAACAACAUGAAAGAUGUAAUAGGACACCCUUGCAUUCAGAGACGUCUUAAUAGAAUAUGGUACAACCACAACCCCCAUGACAAAUUGAAAACUGAUGCAACUGCAAAAGCAGCUAAACUGACAGACUUUGGAUGGAACUUGAUCUUUUACAACGGAAAGAAAAAUGCCAAAGAGGCUUGGUUUUCGCCACUAAUGGUAUUUGUAUUCCAUUACCUUUUUGUUAUGGCUGUCAUUGUUGGAUUCAGUGCCUUUAUUCUGACGGAUCUGAACAUAAUUGACAGUUACAAAGAUAUAGGAGUGUACGAAUGGCUUCUGUAUGGCUGGUUGGUUGCCGAUAUUACAGAGGAGUAUUUGAUACCGCUGAUUAUUAGGAACCACUAUUGUAUAGGACGAAAACAUGGCUAUUGCUUCAAAUUUCACAGAGCUUUCUUUAAUAUUUGGAAUGUGUUAACCUUUAUGUCAUAUUUGAUCAUUACUGCUGCAGUGUUGGUGAGAACUAUUAACUCGGCUGACUUCCAUAGAAUGGCCCUCAGACUGUACAGUCUUGGCCUUUUCACGAUGUACAUGAGAUUUCUUCAGUGCAUGAUUAUUCAUAACUAUUUUGGUCCUAAAAUAAUCAUGAUUGGCGAAAUGCUACUCGAAUUGAUGAAGUUUGUCUGGAUUUUGAUUAUUUUCAUGAUGUGUACAGGGGUUUUGUAUCAUGCAAAUAUGUACCCAAGUCACUUCGACAUGUGGUCAUUGAAGGGUGUGCAAUUCUGGAGAAUCUGGAAAGUUAUAGCUUUACCGUACUGGCAAAUCUACGGAGAACUUAAUCUUGAACAGCUAACAGGUGACAAUAAUGACAAUGGUACAUCGUGUACUUUUAUUGAGUCUGAAUGGGAGGCGAAUCCAGAUAUAGAAAGAUGUGUUGAAUACGACUGGGCACUGUUAAUCAUAGCAGCAUUUUACCUUCUUGUCACCAAUCUACUGUUGGUAAACCUUAUAAUUGCUUUAUUCAGUAACCAGUUUGAACAAGUGCAAGUCGACUCGGACAGACUGUGGAAAUUCUGGAGAUAUUCAAUCAUUACCAAGUUCAGCACAAGGCACCCAGUACCUUUCAACUUAUUGAUAUUCAUUCCACUAAAGAUCUAUAGACGUUGUACACAAAAGGAAGAAAAUAAAGAGAAAGUAUUAGUUAAAGAACAGGAGCUGCAUGCUGUCCGCUGUCUAUAUUACCAGGCGACAAAGAAAAAACAGUAAACAUGAGAGAAUUUCAAAAUUUUAUUGUACAUGUGUUGAUUACUUAUUUUAAAUUAUUAAGCUUGUCUAUAUUGUAAUGUAAUGAUGUAUGUGGGUAUUUUUAACAGUUCACCAUGAGUCUUACUGCGAAAAAAUAUCUGUCAAUAUAACGCUUGGGUUUUUUUGUAUGCACACUUGGAGUUUCCCUGCUAAUGUAAUAUGUUAUACGACGCGACGCAUACAUACAUGUAUGUAAACAGUAAACACAUUGAUCCUGAGAAUUACUUUAUUCCUGAAGGAUACCAAUAGCACCGUAGUAAGAUCUUUAAAUAUUGUUUUAAUUUGUACUAACUUUGUUUUUGUUUGUGAUGAAUUAAAAUAUAUGCUAUGCAUUGUUUUAA